UGUCAGUAUUUGUGAACGUCCAGUUCUGAUGACCCCUGAGAAUUUUCACUAAUAUUAGUUGAAGCACACGGCGAUGGAGUUGGUACUGAUACCUGGCAAGUGGAUUACUACAUUACAGUUACAAGAUUGGAAAAUCUACAUUGUCUAGAAUAAUUCAGCACGUUUUCCCAGUAAUAUGGGAAAAAAUGAAAAACGUUGUCAUGAAGAAACCAAAUAAAGAAAAGUGGAAGGAAAUAUCAGAUGGAUUUAAAAAACACGCAAUGUUUUCUAACUACAUCGGCGGUCUGGAUGGGAAACACGUGCGAAUCAAAUAACCAG